AUGAAAGCUCUUCGUGGCCACGGUUUCAGCCGUGAACGGUUCUUCCCUGUUUCCGAAGUCCCAAAUGCUCUGCGCUGGGGAUUAGGCGUGGUGACAAAGGGAAAGAUAUAUGCUGACGUAUUCAAAUAUCUCAGUGUUAUUCAAUGCAAAACUUGA